CUAGACUAUAAAAUAAUUAAAUAGAAAUGCCAGGAAGUCUCUACAGCGUAUCGGUCACAGAAGAAGACAGACAAAGGUUCCCAGACCUUUUCAAAAGUAAACGACAGAUAGCUCAUAAGGCAAAGACCGAAAUAGGUGCUAAUAUCAGGAAUAAGCUGAAGUCCCUCAAGCAAAGCUAUAUCGAAGAGAAAAUUUAGGAAAGAGAAAGAGCUCAUAAAGGAGAGAUACCAGUUUGAGCAGCUUCUUGAAAAAUAUCAGAAAUAUAGAAGGCCGAACGACGAGCUACCUACUCCUAUGUUGAGAUAUCAUGAUAAUAUGGAAAGCAGAAGAAGCUUAAUCCAAGAAGCCCCGAAAGAUCUAAAUUUUUUUAAUAGCAACAUACAAGAAGAUGAAAAGUCCGAAAGAGGACUUACUCCAUCCCAAAAGCAUGCUUACUCAAGAAAUUCAAUACAGAACAAAAAGCAAGUUAUCAGCUUAAGGAAAAUAAAGGGUGCUUCCUUAUCACGUUUGGAAAAAGACUUUGGGACUGUUUCUAGUGGCACUCUCAAGUCUCCUCACAGCUCAUUGAUCAAGAAGAUCGAGAAACAAUCCCUCAAAAGAGGAACUAUCACCUCAAGAGAGAAGAGGCUUCAGCAAUCGGACAAGUCACAUAGCAUGGCUAAUCUCCUGAAUGCUGAGAAUAAAAUAAACAUCAAGGAAAGAAGCCCCAGAGUGAAAGGUCCUAAAAUGCCUCAACCAAUAUUCUCCUCCAUCCAGGAGGAAGAAGACACAGAUGUUGAAGAGAAGAUGAAGAGCCUGCCUCAUUGGAAAUAUGCUGCUUCCUUCACCAACUACGUGAAAGAAAUUCAGGGCAUUAGGGAAGAUGAGAAGGAAGAGUUCCUCAAUCUUUACAACAAAAAGCAUUAUAAAUAAACUCUACGACUUUUUAUGCAACCAUAAAAAUCUAAAGAAAUAUUUUGAUAACUUCGUAAUGGAAGCUCAAGAAGAAGACAAAUCUCCUGACAUCAAGAAAAAGAAAAGGGAACACACCCACGCUGAUAAUUUCCUGCUGAAACAGGAAAAGCUUGAGCGGCAAAGAGUUCAAUCCAGGCUUUUUGGUCAUAUUCAAGACGAUAAAGACCAGAAGGUUGAUUGGAAGAAUCUUGAAAAAUUGAGCAAGGAUGCUAUCUGAAAGUCCGAUCUUCCCCUCCCAAAGCUUAAGUCUUUAUCAAAAGUACUGGAAAACGAGAUCGUUCGACUAGAAAAACUGAUUGAAAAGUGAAAGAAAGAGCUUAAAAGAAAACCCAGAAAGGACCUUAAAGAAGAAGAUGAGAAGAAAAAGACAAGCAAGAGGAAAGAAAUGGCCUCUGUCAGACUCAAGAAACUUAUAAUCGUCAAGGAUGAAUGUGAUAGAAUGAUUAAAUUAAAGGAAGAUGAACUUAAAAAGCCUGGAGGAGGCAUAAUCAUUGAUCCAAAGAAACAAAUAUACGUUAGUAAAGUUGAUGCAAACGAGAUUGCUCCAAUUGUUAGUAAGAAAGGCAAACAGAUACAACCCACGCAAGGUCAUAUUAAAAACCUGAGGAAGAAAGACUACUAUGAAAAUCGGGUGAAGAAGGGAUUCCAGCAGUAAUACAUUAUUAUUAAAUUAUUUCAAAUUUUUAUAGUA